CAGGUGCGCGCGCAGGCGGCGGCGCUGACCUUGCCGUUAACUUUGAAUCUGAAGCUGCAGCGGAGGGUGGCUUUGCAGCUUGGAAGGCUGCUGACGCUGUUGCAGCAGGAACAGCCCCGCCCGUAGCGCCCGUCGAUGGGGUAAAAAAGAAGAAGGUUGUCAAAUGUAUCAGCACGAAGAUUUUUCUAGGUGAGGUCAUGGACCUGGAUAAGCGCAAGGAGGCCACCUGUAAUGCCAACGGCGGUAGCAGCGGCACCAAUAAUGAAAAUAACGAAGCCAACAACGGUAGCAGCAAUAAUGCGAACGCCAAUAACAAUAACGGCAACGCUGGCGGCGGCCACAUCGAUGAAGAGAGCGUCGCUGAUCUGGGGCGGCUUGUCGCGGAUUCAGUUACCAGGGGUGUUUUAAACGCCAACGGCCAGUUUGCCGUCUCGGCGGCAGAGGAAGACGAGCCAUGGCCUGGCUUUACGCCAAAUACGGCCUCCCAAGAAGGGCUGAUGGGGUCGAAGGAGAUCAGCAACUCGGGAACCGGCGGCGAGAGUGGUUGGGAUCGGCCACCCAUGCGUGCUCAGAGGGCUAACAAGAAGGGCGGCGGCGUCAUAAAGUUCAGCAAGAUGCGCAUGCAGGGGCUGCAUAUCAACGGCAAGGAGCUUGUGCCGUCUAUCGGAAACGUCACGAAGUUCAUGGUUCCAUUCGUCUUGUGGAACGUAGCGCUCGUGGUCAUGUACGUUGUCUCGUUGCUGCAUCUGAACUCCAUGCAGGGCCCUCUGGCCUCCCUCAACAUGGCAUCGCACAUUAUCUACCGCUACACGCGCGUGCGGGCC